CACAGCUUGGCGCGGGCGGUGGCGCGGGCGGUUAAGCGGCGGGCUGCAGCAGCGCAAGGGACUAGUGUAUAUGAUGAUGAGGAUUAUCUUUUUGCUUUAAUUGCAGGAAAAGAUUAUGACGACACUCAAAAAUGCAAAACUAAGCUAGAAGAAUAUUGCAAAGAAUUUGAAAAUUUGGAUAAAGAAAAAAUACAUAAAAAAUUUAAAAGCUUUUGUGAAAAUGGGAAAGCAGAAGAAAAAUGUACCAAAUUAAAAAACAAAGUUAAGGAAAAAUGCACUACAUUUAAAACAAAUCUUCAAACAGCAGCUGGAAAAGGAAUUUCAGAUUUGACAGAUAAAGAUUGUAAAGAGAAUGAACAACAAUGCCUAUUUUUGGAGGGAGCAUGCUCUGAUCUUACAGAGAAUUGCAAUAAAUUAAGGAAUAACUGUUAUCAAAAGAAACGAAAUGAAGUAGCAGAAAAAGUUCUUUUAAGGGCACUCAGUGAUGAUCUUAAAGAUGCAAAGACAUGUAAAGAAAAAAUUAAGGAUGUUUGUCGUACAUUGGGUCAAGAAAGUAACGAGUUGAUGCAAAGAUGUUUUGAUACAGACUCUUUAUGCACAUCUCUAGUAGCAUUAGCAGAAAAAAAGUGUACUUCUCUGAAAACAGAAAUAGGAAGAGUACUAACUACUAAUAACGAAUUAGAAAAAAAAGGACAUUCUUUGCUUAAACAAUGCCACUUUUAUGGACAAAAUUGCAAAGAUUCAGAUAAACCAGAAUGUGAAAAACUCGUAAAUAAAGCUAAAAAAAAAAAGAUUAUCUACAAAGGACCAGGUUCAGAUUUUGAUCCUACAAGACCAGAGGCUACACUGGCAGAAAAAAUAAGUCUGGAAGAACUUUAUAAGGAAACGGCAAGACAAGGAGUUCUGAUCAGAAGAGCACCAGAAAGAGAUAUUCUUGACAUAUUAGUGUUUCUCUCAGGGAGUAAACCUUUUGAUGAAACUCCAUGUAAGGAAGUACUCAAUAGUAAAUGUAACUCUAUUCAAUAUCUAACGCAAGGUCUAAAAGAUUUAUGUGGAAAUAAAAGCGAUUAUCUAGCUAAAUGUAAAAAGUUUAAAGAGGAAUUUGAUAAAGAGAAAAACAUUCUUACUAGAAAACUUAAAAGUAAACUAUUUGAAGAUGAAAUCACGUUAUGGGGUGAAUUACCAAGACUCCUUACUGAAAAUGACUGCACAAGAUUACAGUCAGAUUGUUUUUAUUUUGAAGGUCAAACGGAUUUUGGAAAAAUAUGUAAGAAUGUUAAGGCAGCGUGUUAUAAAAGAGGCCUUGAUGCAAUAGCAAACCAAGCAUUACAAGACAAAAUGCGAGGGAAAUUCCAUUAUACAAAUGAUACAUGGCUUGAAACACUUCAAAAGGAGUUAGUAAAUGUGUGUGUGAAUUUAAAAGGAACAAGUGAUGAAUUAUUUGUAUUAUGUGUGAAACCAAAAGACGGUGUCAUUACAUUAUUAGAUGAUUUGGAUAUGAAGACAAACUUGUUACAGGAAAAUUUGAAUGAAAAACGAGAUUUUCCUACGAAGCAGGAUUGCAGGGAAUUGCUAAAGAAGUGCAACGAUCUAAAACAAGACUUUGAGGAACUUGAAUGGCCCUGUCAUACUCUGGAGCACCAUUGCAAUAGGCUGGAGAUUGCAGGACAAUUGGAAGAGAAGUUAUUAGAGGAAAAAACAGAAAAUUUGGACAAGUUCGAUUCAUGUUUAAAAAAUCUAAAAAAACAAUGCCAUGAAUGGAGUAGAAAAGGAAGAAUGCAGUUUGCUCUCGCAUGUGUAGCACAGAAUAUUACUUGCAAGAUUCUUACAGAAAGCGUAGGGUCUAAGUGUACUACAUUGGAAGCGCGCAUCGAAGCAAGUAAGGUUGUAGAUCAAACAAAGAAUAAUGGCAAAAAAGAGUCAGCUUGCAACUCAUGGGCACCCUAUUGUACCAAGUUUAUGUCAAGUUGUCAGAAUCUAACUGCUAGUGAUGGAAAAUGUAAGGAGCUUAACAAGGAGUGUAAAUCAUUCAUUGAAAGGAAGGAAUUGGAAGAAAAAGUAGCCUAUGAAUUAAGGGGUAAUUUAGAAACAGAAGAAAAAUGCAAAAAGACUCUUGACACGUACUGUACACAAUGGAGGAAUGCAACUAAUCAUCUUAGCACUUUGUGCACAGAUAAAGAAGCUGGUAAAGAAGAUAAAGAUGUUAGAGAAGAACUCUGCAAGAAACUAGUAAAACGAGUAAAGAAGCGAUGUCCUGAAUUAAAAAAAGAACUCAUAGAGGCCAGUAAAGAGUUGGAGGAAAAAGCUAACGAAUAUGAGGAUAUCAAAAAAAAAGCAAAAGAUGCAAUGGAAAAAGCGAAUCUUGUUUUAUCAAAAGUAAAGACAGAAAACAAUAAAUCGGAAAACGAUGUUGUGCCUAGUGCACCAGCCGUACCUAGUGGAACAAAAGACACGAAGUUGUUUAGACUUGUAAGAAGAGAUGCAACAAUGAAAGUAACAGAAGACGAAGCGAAAGCAUUUGAUUUGGUUGCACAAGCAUUUGGACUCUACGUAGAAUUGAGAGAGAUAUGCCAUGAUUUACUAAAAGGAUGUGGAUUUAAAAAGGAAUGUGAUUGUGAAAAUCAAUGUGAGAAAAUAGAAAACACAUGUAAAAAAUUGAAACCACUGGAAGUAAAACCAUACGAAGCAACAACUAAAAAUGUAACAACAACAACCACAACCACAACGACAACAACAACAACCGUUAAAGACACAAAGACAACAGAGUGCCAGUCUCUACAGACGACAGACACGUGGGUCACAAAGACGUCAACGCACACUAGCACUUCUACGACUACAUCUACAGUCACAUCGAGAAUAACACUCACCUCGACAAGGCGGUGUAAGCCUACGAAGUGUACGACAGGAGAGGAAGAUGAAGCGGGUGAGGUGAAGCCGAGUGAAGGGUUGAGGAUGAGUGGGUGGAGUGUGAUGAGGGGGGUGUUAUUAGCAAUGAUGAUUUCAUUCAUGAUUUAG